AUGAAUCAUCAAAGCCCCCUGGACGUGCCCGAGCUGCUCGAAAGCAUUCUUUCCUAUUUCUACGACGACCCGGCAUACCACAUCAAGCGCCAGCCUUGUUUGGUGAGUCGUCUCUGGUUCCGGAUCGGCCACCCCUUCCUGUGGCGAUCCGUGACGCUGCCAGCGGUUCUGAAGCUGCUGGACGAUGAUGCGUGGUUCCUCUACAAACCCGCUCAAUACAAGGAAGACGCUCAGACUGCUGCGUUGACUGGCGACUACGUUCAGAGCGCCAAGGAAUGCAAGCCCGCUCAGCCGCUCACUCUCGUUCUGCGGCGACCGAUCACCCCGCCAGAAUGGAAAAGUAUUAUGCGGUAUACCCAACACGUCAACAGUCUCAAAACCGUUGGAACCUACUUCUAUCCUGGCGACCAAGUCGGAGUCCACGGCUCCGCGUACGAGGUCCUAGCGCGAUCCAUCCCGUCGGAUUUCCCGGUUUUCCCGAACCUCGAGGAGCUCUACGUAACGUGCUUUGGCGACACUCCGGAGGCCCUCGCUCUGUUCGGCGGGUCCAAGCUACGCAUACUCAACUUCGAGGAUGACAUCCAGAAUACGGAUGCAGCGGUCUGUAUCACAGCUUUCUUAGAGCGCCACGCGCCCCUCCAGCACAUCAUCCUAGAGAACGUGAUGAAUGUCUGGGGUGCACUUGAUCUGACCAACGCCCUCCCGGAGUGCGAAGCGCUGCAGAGCUUGGAGAUUCAUUGGCUAGUCCCCACCCUUUGGCCCGGAAUCGGUGCGCUACCUGAAUUGAAGCGCUUGCUCGUUUCUGCCGAAAAGCCGGCCCUUGGAAUGUUUCCCGAGCCAGCGACGACCAUGACGACCCUUCCUUUUCGCGCUCUCACCACCCUCAAAAUUCGUUCGGGCCUCCCAUUCGACGAUUUCCGGCGGAUUCUGCAAACACGACCGCUAUCUGCACCCUGGGAGCUUGAAUGCCUCGCAUUCCUCGGCCCUAUCUCGCUUGGCGGCUCCGUUCCGUCCCACACGCUGUACGACCUCGUCCGAACACACGUAUCCGCCGCGACGCUGAAACGUCUCGCCCUCAACGUCGUCGAGGAACCGACAACUGACGAUCCCUUCUUUUCCAUCGAGCCCAUCUUCGGCUUCAGGGGGUUGACCAGACUUUGCCUCUUGUCCCGCUUUCUCAACGAAUUCUACUAUCCACCUUUGACCGCGGAGCAGGUGAAGCAGCUUGCCAAGGCAUUUCCCGACAUGCAGAACAUGUAUGUCGACGUCCUGUUCCCCCUCACUCAGCUGCUGUCCCUCGCUCUAGCCUGCCCGAAUCUCGUGCGGCUGAGGUUGACGGGCUAUAUGGAGGAAAGCUGGUAUCGUUAUGAAGAGCCGACACUCAAGCCGCCUGCUGACUAUUAUCACGGACUACGAGCUCUCAAUCUCGGCGGGGAUGCCGCUGACCCGGCGGUUGUGAGAUAUUAUACGACCGUGUUCCGUCGCGCACGCACUGAUUGGAGUAUCACGGACGAUGCGAUUUUGGAGGAGGGAUAUUGGAAAGAUGAGUAA